AUGCCGAUUGAACCGGAAAAGCCGGAAAUUCAAAAAAAUACGGCCUACAAGGUUCCGGUCGAAACCGACAUCCCUGACCCUCUUGAUGAACUUCGUGACGCUGACGAGGAACCGGGAAUUCCGGAAAAAGAAGCUGGCAUUCCGGCAGAGCCCAAAAGCCCCGAGGCUCUAGUUGCUGUAAUUGAGGAGCAGCCCCCGAUUAAGGUACAGAUUUCGCAUACAGAAAACCGGUCCGAACAGCCGGAAAUUGAACCGGCGCAAUCCGGAAAGCAGGCUGAUAUGACGCCUGAGAAGCCGAGCUCCAUUCCGAAAGUUGAUGACCAAAAACUGGGAACGAAAGACGAAAAAGAAGAAGCUGUACUCUCCCCAGACCAUCCGCUUUCCUCUUCUCCGCUUAUUGCUGAUCCGGAACCGACGGAAAUUGUCCCAACCACAAUUCCAGUCGCUAUAAUAGAGCGCCUGACUGAAACCCCAACCCCAACGUCUCAAUCGGCCAACCAAGCUCUUGCUGCCCUUGACGAGCUUCUUCGGCUACAAGGAGAAGCUCGGGCCUCGUUGCAGAAUGCUUCGACUUUAGGCUAUUUAACGUCCCCGUUGGCUGCUCGUUCUCAUCUCUCCACGAUAUUCUCAGAAUCGGAGGCUGAUCCCGAAUUGGAGGAAGAGGGGGAUGAUGUCGCAGAGUUGAGCGAACUCAAGAGCAUAGCGGAACCGCUCGACUUCAAGAAGGCGUCGUUCUCAUCGAUUGCAAGUACCCAGGGUAGACAGGACUUUGUCGACGCCCUUCAUAACAUUCAUCAGGCACUCGCACAGCCUUCGCCCGAACGCCAGAAGACCCCUCUGGCCGACGAGCAACCACUCCAGGUCAACAGCACCCACAUUCGGCUCACCGAUCGCCCCGUCCAAAGGAAGAUGGACUCUCCACAAGACUACUCGCCGAACGGGUCGCCCCGCCAUGUGCCAAUUCCCCCUCAACACGAGCACUCGAAUCCCGAAUCUGUCGACAGCACCGGGUUCGAGAAGCUGGAGCGUCCAUCCGACGACGUGCUCGAGCAGUACAGCCAGAACUUUGCCCAGCAGAUGCAGCAAAGCCUCUUCGGGCAGCUGCCCGACGAUCCGGAUUUUGCACGCGACGCCGGCUUCGAACUCGUAGAAGCGGAAGACACGGAAGGCACGAUGAGGCUCGGAGCUGGAAGCAGUCGAGGAGGAGGAGGAGGACAAGCUGAACCUCCGUUCCACAACGACGACAGUGAUCAAGUGCACAUCCUUCAUCGAAUCCCUGGUGAUAUCGACGGACCGGGUUCGUCGCCAAUGGAACGAACACCCCGUGACGAUAUUCUGGAGAAGAGCUACGGUGGACACGACGAUGAUCUCGUCGACAUUCCGCACAACAACGUCCCACACCACGACCUUUUGGGCGACGUUCACGAGGCGGAACCACGACACCCGUCACCACCACGCGAUGAUCUCGACGACUUGCUGGCCCCGGUGCACGACAUCGCCCAUCACGAUCAACCCCAUCGGCAGCAGCCAGCUCCUCCAUCGCCACCAGCUAUCCACCAUCAAGAAGAUCCCAUCCACCAUGACGAUCUCUAUCGCGAUAGGCCGAUCCAUGAUGAGCCGAUCCGGGAGCACGUCGAGGAUCUUCACGAUGAUGUCGACGCGUUGAUGGCCGGAUUGAAGGGAAAUGAAGAGACGUGGGCCCCUGCCGCCCCACAACAAGAUGAACAUCCCGCAUCUCCCAGCGGUGAUUCUGGCCGCGACACUGUGGGCAAACUGCUCGGCGAGACGGAUGGGCCCCACUUUGGCCGUCAGACCCCAGAAGAGCAGAUGAUGGAACGUUCGGGCCCGCUCACCAUUCCCGAACUGCCCGAGGCCGUCCCGCAACUCAACGACGAUGAACUGGACGCAUUUGUUCGACCCGCCUCUGGACAUGGAUUCGAGACGGAGCCUCGUCCACCAACCCCACCAAAGGACCUCUCGGAUGAGGACGUCAAGCCGUCCGUCGUCAACCUCGGCCCAGCCCCACCACAUCAUCAUCACGGCCACAAGCACUCGAUCCUGAAGCACGGCUCCUCAUCGCCAUGGUUCGACUUCAAAUCGGUCGACCCGAGAGUUGUCUCGGUUGCAAUGACCGUCUAUACCGUCGCCCAUUUCUCAAAGCAAGCACUUGAGAAGCGGAAAGAAGUGCUCGAUCUGAUCUACUGGCGCGAUCCGAAGAAGUCAGGAGUGGCCCUGUCGUUGACGCUGAUCGCCCUCUUCGUCUUCGCCAAAUAUCCGAUCCUAUCUGUGGUUGUCUACACAUCAUUGGCUGUCCUUGCCGGUACCGUUGGCUUCCGAUUGUUCAAGGCCGUCGAGGCGCAGAUCAAGAAGACUGAACAACAGAAUCCAUUCCAACCUCUUCUGGACCAUGAAUUGACGGUUCCCCAAGAGAAGGUACAUGAACAGGUUGAUGUUCUCGUGGAGCAUGGACAAGUACUGGCCAAUCAGACCCGUCGUCUAUUCCUCGUUGAAUCGAUUGUCGAUUCUGUCAAGUUCGGACUUCUUCUGUGGGCAUUGACCUAUGUGACGUCGUGGUUCUCUGGAUUCGGCCUGUUGAUUCUCUUUGUGCUCGGCAUCUUCUCCAUCCCCAAAUUCUACGAGGUUUACCAAGAGCCGAUCGAUCAGAAUCUCGGACUUAUCAAGGGACAUAUUGACAACAUUACCAAUACCCUCGAAGAGAAGCUGCCAUUCCUGAAGAAGAAGGUGGAGACGGAGAAGAAAGAGCAG